CACGAAAAAUGCCCCUGACUGCCAGUGCCAUGGACUUUUUUCAACUCUUUGUCCCUGACAAUGUACUAAAGAAUAUGGUGGUCCAAACCAACAUGUAUGCCAAGAAGUACCAGGAGAGGUUCGGUAGUGACGAUGCCUGGAUUGACGUCACCUUGACAGAAAUGAAGGCCUUCUUAGGCUACAUGAUAUCAACAAGCAUCCACCACUGUGAGUCUGUUCUUAGCAUCUGGAGCAGUGGCUUCUACAGCAACAAGAGCAUUGCACUUAUCAUGACACAAUCACGGUUUGAGAAGAUCUUGAAGUACUUCCACAUUGUGGCCUUCCGCUCAAGCCAGACAACGCAUGGCCUCUACAAAAUCCAGCCUUUUCUGGACUCUCUGCAGAAUGGUUUUGACUCUGCUUUUAGACCUUCGCAAGCCCAGGUACUACAUGAGCCCCUGAUUGAUGAGGAUCCUGUUUUCAUUGCCACAUGCACAGAGAGGGAGCUGCGCAAGAGGAAAAAGAGGAAAUUCAGUCUCUGGGUUCGGCAGUGCUCAUCCACUGGUUUCAUCUGCCAGAUUUAUGUCCAUCUCAAAGAAGGGAGUGGUGCUGAUGGGCUGGAUGCUUUGAAGAACAAACCGCAGCUCCACAGUAUGGUGGCCAAAAGCCUUUGUCAGAAUGCCUCUGGGAAGAACUACAUCAUCUUCACUGGCCCGAGCAUUACCAGCCUGAAUCUCUUUGAAGAAUUUGAGAAGCAAGAGAUUUACUGCUGUGGGUUGCUGAGUGCCAGGAAGAGUGACUGCACAGGCCUACCUCCAUCCAUGCUGAACAACCCUGAAACUCCCCAGUCCAGAGGGCAGUACAGAAUAAGAAUGAAAGGAAACAUGUCCUUGAUCUGCUGGUACAAUAAAGGGCACUUUCGUUUUCUGACCAACGCCUAUUCACCGGUUCAACAAGGAGUUAUAAUUAAGAGAAAAAGCGGAGAGAUUCCAUGCCCAUUGGCGGUUGAAGCAUUUGCUGCUCACCUUAGCUAUAUCUGCAAAUAUGAUGACAAAUACAGCAAGUAUUUCAUUUCUCACAAACCAAACAAGACCUGGCAACAAGUAUUCUGGUUUGCCAUCAGCAUCGCUAUAAACAAUGCCUACAUCCUCUACAAAAUGUCAGAGGCCUACCAUGUGACAAGGUAUAGCCGCGCACAGUUUGGUGAAAGACUUGUAAAGGAGCUUCUGGGCUUGGAAGACACCUCACCCUCCCAUUGAUGCAUUCAUUGUUAUUGGUGGCGUAGGCGGGAGUGGAGGGUAAGUAGAAGAAGAUACCACACCUGGAAUGACAAAGCAAGGAACUUGUGACACCACCAGUGCUGUCCUUAUCCAAAAAUGCCAAGUGAUGCCACUAGAGAGGUGGAAACUUUGUUCCUAGUAGCAGCUGGAUGUAAACAUGUCCUGCAGAAAGUGCCACUGGAAAAGCUGACACAAAAUUGCAUAUGUGAAUGCCCUGUGGGAAUCUGUAUGCCAGAAACAGACUUAAAUUAGUCAUCAUCUCAAUACUAUUUGUUGAACAGGGUCAUCUUGU